CAUGGCUGUUGGCGGCUGAAUGAAAAUAAUGAAGAAGUUGUGUAGAUACUUUUUCUGUAGAUUUACUGCAGUUAUAUCCAUACUCUAGUCCUCUUAUGAAKUAUAAUGAAUCUAUGAUACUUUAGUUCUGCAUAAAUGACAGAACGAAAGCCGUGGAGGAAGGUUUUGUACGAAGUUCAAGAUUAUCCUGACAACUAUGUCGACCACUCGUUCCUUGAAAAGUUGAAGAAAAAUCUUUACACAAGGACCUAUGACUUUCGKCGCGUUGCUUGGGAGUCCUGCAUGGUAUCUCAGCAAAUAAGCUGUGUUUGUUUAUUUGUGGCCAUUUUUGUGUACAUGGACAACAAAGUUCUAYUGCCAUCAACUUUAAUAACAAUCUCGAGCAUUUUAACCAUUCUUGGCUAUGUCGCCUAUGAAGCUGUUGAUCAAGGWAGAGCUAGAGUUGAAGUCAGUUGGAUUCAUGUACCAUUAACCUUGAUGCUGCUGGUUGUUGUAACAUGUUUAUUGUACCCAAUCUCAGUCUUGUUUGCUGUGCUGCUUGUCUUGGUGCAUGUCACUGUUACCAUAGUAUGUCCUCUAUGGUUUGUACAACUACAAAGCCUCAAAAAUAAUAUACAUGGACCUUGGGAUGAAGCUAUUAUCCAAGACUAGACAAGGUUGUUACCAGGACCUACCUUCAAACUAAAGGAGAAAGGAACCUGGAAACUUUUAACCAUCAAUCUCACCAGUUGUAGUCCAAGCUCUGCCAAAAUGGCUUCAAACAUCAGCUAGUACAUCAUGCUGGCCAUUUAUGUAGACUACCAAAUGAACUAAUUGUCUUUUAACUGUCAUGGAUGACAGUCGCCUGCAAAUGUAGAACAYUUCCAGGGUACAUGGACACUUCCAAAAAUAUUGCAGGCACAGGCAGACUUCUUCUUUGGUUGUGGGGAGGGAAAAUUAAAAAAACGGCUUAAAAAAAACCCGCUUUAGUAAUAAUUUAAGAUGAUAUAAGCGACUAUAUUUCUGUUAAAAAAAGGAGGAAAAAGAAACAUUGUUAUUUCAGGCUAGGCUCGAACCCACGAUUCGUAUUUCGACACCGUGAGAUAAUUGAAAGAAUUGAUCCUGGGUGGCCUGUGUUUAUUGUUUAAUGUUUUUCAAAAGCUUUACCAUUAAAACUAAAAAGGAUUA